AUGAAUUCUACCGAGCGCCAAUGCUUUAGGUAGGCAAUAUCCGUCCCCCAGCACGUAUGUCCGGCCGAGACCAAGAGUUUUCUUUAAAAGCGUUUAAAUUUCUAUCAUAAUUUCCUAAAUUUACCAUGAUAAUCCGGUCUAUAGGGUCUCCACUUCCCGAGUGGUUCUGGUUUGGAAAAACAAACAUGGAUGUAAUUAAUGUGUCAUCCAGUUUUAAGUUUUUGUCUGAUUGGGCAAUUUUUGCUAAACUGUUCAUCAGAGUAUGGCCAUCAGCUGAUUUGUAGUAUCUAUUUUUGAUGAAACAGUCUCCCCGGGCGGAAUCUCGCCAAUGUACGCUGGGAAAAAAAUAUUUUUCAAUGGAAAAAAGAGGGAAAAACUUACUUGACCCAAAACUUUGAAUUUUUCAAAGUUCCUCCGGCUUUUUGAAUAGUUGAUCGAAUGAAUAUAUCAAAAAGACGUGCUGCGUGAUCGUCAGGCAAACGAUCAUUCACCAAAUCCAAAUUUAUAAAUUUGAAUUUCGAAGGGACUAGUAUCACCGAGUUAUUGUUGGCCCGGUGCAGUUCGGGAGCAGCGGAGACUUCGGCAAACUUUGCAAAAUAGGCGUUUUCUUCAUCAUUCGGAAAAUGAUGUCGUUUCACCCAUUUGCGGCGCGGAAACACGAUUCUACCACGAGUGCUCACACUGGAGCUUUCCAAGGAGGAAGAAAAAGAAGAAGGAGAAGGAGAAGGAGAACGCGACGAAGACAUUUCAAUGAAUGAGUAAAUGAAUCCUCUGCUUUGCAUAUAGGACCGCCCUCAUACUUGCAUAUAGGACCGCCCUCAUACUUGCCUAACAAUAAUUAGCGCCGACAAACGUGAUGGCUGUGGCCUUGAAAAAGAAGGGAGAUAACCUUGAAACAUUGGGAUCAUGGGAAGAUGCGUUGCGUAACAAGAAAACAAUUUAUUGCAGAAACAGACUCAAAACUUUCUUAAAUUGAUCAUCACAUUCUUCUCUUUCUUCUGCGUAUGUGAGUGCCACAGCCAGAGACAUCUCAACGAUUUCUUCAUUAGUUUCUAUGCAUAUUUUUUGGAAAAUGAACGAUUUUUGAAAUUUUUCAAUCCACCCAUAAUAGUCCGUACAAUGACGAAUGUAGUAUCCUCUACGCGUUCUUUUAACCUCCAUAUUCUGAGUAAAACUAUUAAAAAUGAAAAAAAAAUAAAAACUCACUAGAAAAGGGCCGCCUUCGCCUCCAACCCCGUUUCCGUGACUAAUAAUCCAUUGCUCUUCUCCAAAUUCAAAAUAAAGCAUGAUACCGCCCGACCAUGUGCAUUUAAUACGGAGUCGACGAAUUUCAAAGUCCGCCAAUCGUACAAACUUUCCAGCUUCUGUCCAGUUGUCAGGCGAAAAACUGUCCAAAAUUUCUAACAUUCCGAAAUUGUGAAUUGUAGAUAUAAUAUCGAAAGAACUCUCCGUCGGGAGUAACAUGACAACUAAAUGAAUCAGUCUGUUUGUCGGCCGAGUACUUGUGUAAUCCUUGACCUGAUCACGCAACGGUAUUUUGAAUAAUAAUUGUGUAAUAUUUAUCUUGCUAUUCAUCAGAUUUUUAUCAAUAAUCCCUAUACUUUUUUUUAAUUUUGGAAAUUUAAAUAUUUAUUUGCUUUUUAUCGUCGAUUUUAUCAAAAUAGUCUUGCAAUUUUGAGUGUUUCGAAUGUCCUCCCGAAUUAUCAAAAGAUUACGGUAGGCAGCGGUGUUUGCGUACACACCACUAUUCUCCACACAAAUGCGACUUUCCCACGGUGAACAUGUUUUUGUUUUGCACAUUUCUCCGGAAAUCGUUCCGAAAAAUGGUUUUAUGUGCAUUUAUUCGCAAUACGUAGCAAUAUUUUCGAUUUUUCAGGGUGUUCUCUGCAAAAAUUUAACCUUUUUCUCUUCACUUUUCCGUAAAUUCAUGUUUUUUUUUGUCUAAAAUGAUUUUCGCUAGACAGAUUUAUCGAUUUUCUCUGCUACCUUCUCUUCUCUGUGUAAAUCGUCGUUAUUUUUACUCAAAAAUCUGUUGUUUCAGGCAUGUACUCUUUUUCCACAGCCGCCGUCUGUAUCUACUGCCCGGAUCGACUGUCGUGUGCCACCGAUGCCGGGGGGCGGUCGUCUACUGUCUCCAGGCCGUGAAGGUCGACCAGUUCGUGAGUUUUCAAGAUUUUAUGAUGAAAAAAUAGUGAUUUUAUAGAUUCCAAUGCACAUCAUCUGGAAAAUGGUGAUUAUUUUGGUCGCCCCCGGAAUUCUUGCUGGAUUAGCCGUAUUGAUCCAAAAAAUUUUGGGUUUGCGAGUUUUGGCGACGAGAAUCAAGCUUUCGAUCCGAGUGCUCUUCUGUGGACCCAUCGCAAUAUCUUGUUAG